UCCUCUCGUUGCAGAAGCAGUUUAUUUAUUUAUUUGUUUUUUUUUUCUCUCUAAACCCUAUUUAACUCACGGCUGGACCUCCACUCCCGCCCUAACGCCGUCUCCGACGGACGCUUCGCUCUCAGCUAUUGAACUAUCAUCCUUCCGGCGAAGUCGCUGCUGCUCCUCCCUUUCACAGUCUCUCGCCUCUCCGAGCAAACGGAGAUACUGAAGUUACUUAUCUCUGUUUUUCUUUUUUCCUGAAAAGCACAGUGGUUCAGCCCCUGGCCUGUCCCGUUGGUGAUAUCGUACCGCCGCACAUUUUCAGAUUUUCAGUGAAGGCCAUUUGCACAAAGCCCUCGUCUUCUGAAUCUUAAGGAUGGUGAAGAGGAGCAAAAAGAGUAAAAGCAAGAGAGUAACGUUAAAGAAGAAGUACAAGAUCAUUAGGAAGGUGAAGGAGCAUCACAAGAAGAAGGCGAAGGAAGCCAAGAAGCUAAGCUUCAAGGGUAAGAGCAAAGUUGAGAAGGACCCAGGUAUUCCCAAUGAUUGGCCCUUCAAGGAACAGGAGCUCAAAACUCUUGAAGCUCGUCGUGCCCGUGCUCUUGAUGAGAUGGAACAAAAGAAAGCUGCUCGGAAGGAGAGGGCUCAAAAGAGGAAGUUGGGAUUGCUAGAUGAUGAUAAUAUGCCUUCUGCAGAUCGAAGUUUAGUAGAGAUAAGGAAUGUAGACAAAUCUGUAGGGUCUGCCCGGAAUCGUGAUAACUCAGACAGUUUCUACAAGGAAUUGGUCAAAGUUAUUGAGGCAUCAGAUGUUAUUUUAGAAGUUUUGGAUGCACGUGAUCCCCUUGGCACCCGUUGUAUUGAUAUGGAGAAGAUGGUGAUGAAAGCGGGUCCUGAUAAGCAUCUUGUACUACUUCUGAACAAAAUUGAUCUUGUUCCUCGAGAGGCGGUGGAGAAGUGGCUUAAUUAUAUGAGAGAAGAAUUGCCUGCCGUUGCCUUCAAGUGUAGCACGCAAGAACAAAGGUGCAACUUAGGUUGGAAAUCUUCAAAGACAUCCAAAACGAAAACGAGCAAUUUGUUGCAGAGAAGUGACUGUCUUGGAGCUGACACAGUUAAAUUGUUGAAGAAUUAUUCAAGAAGUUAUGAGAUUAAAAAAUCAAUUACUGUGGGUGUUAUUGGCUUGCCUAAUGUUGGCAAAAGCAGUCUUAUCAAUAGUCUGAAGAGAUCCCAUGUUGUCAACGUUGGUGCUACGCCAGGAUUAACUAGAUCGAUGCAAGAGGUCCAUUUGGACAAGAAUGUCAAAUUGUUGGAUUGCCCUGGUGUUGUAAUGGUAAGGUCUAAGGAAAAUGAGCCAUCUAUAGCUUUGCGGAAUUGCAAAAGAAUAGAGAAGUUGGAAGAUCCCGUUGCUCCUGUUAAGGAGAUCUUGAAGCUUUGCCCAUCCAAAACCUUGGUAACUCUGUAUAAGCUUUCAAGCUUCGAUACGGUCGACGAUUUUCUGCAGAAGAUAGCGGUUAUUCGAGGCAAACUUAAGAAGGGGGGAAUUGUGGAUGUUGAAGCUGCUGCUAGAAUUGUUCUACAUGACUGGAACGAAGGCAAAAUUCCAUAUUACACAAUGCCCCCAGUUAGGAGUCAGGUAGAACCUUCAGAGGCAAGGAUCGUCACAGAGCUUGGGAAAGAGUUCAACAUUGACGAGGUUUAUGGUGGCGAAUCUUCAUUCAUUGGAAGCCUCAAAUCCGUCGAUGAUUUCAGUUCUGUUGAAGUUCCCCCAAGUUGUCCACUGAAUUUGGAUGAGAAUAUUAUGCAAGAGCCAAAGAAUGGAAAUGAUCAACCAUCUACACAAGACGACGAAGUUCUGGAGAAUGCAUCGGACAAUAGCGACGACGAGUCAAUGGAGCAGGAAGAAGACGAUGACGAGGGCAAAACGAAUGGACAAGAUGCAACUAGCAGGCAAAACGAGAAGCUGUAUUCAGCAGAAGGUAUUCUGAAUACAAAAAUGAGGAGAGCAGAGAAGAAGAGGAGAAAAAAAGCAAACAAUAAUUGUAAAUCAUCAAUGUCUACAGACGCUAUGGAAGAUGAUUAUGACUUUAAAGUGGAUUUCAAAAAGAAUUAAUCAAUCUCCUAACAGAAAAACAACAAUCAUUGGUUGCCAUGGAAAUCAAAGCUAUGAACAUGGGUGUAAAUUCAUAGUUUUGUGUUAUGAUCUUGAUUCGAAGUUCAGUUUUUCAUAGAUUUUUCGCCCUCUUAGAUUUAUCUUAGGAAAUUUUGGCCUUUGAUUCACCUGAACGAGAUAUAGAACCUUGGAAUCAAAUUAUAGAAUCUCAUUUUUUGGCUUU